AUGACCGAAACUCUGUCCCCGUCGCAGACAGCGGCCCUCUUUGACAUUCUGACCCAUUACGACACAUACGCCCAGAUCCGCGAGUUUCGGAGGCCCGGCAGCCUUGCAAACUAUGGGCCCCCUUUUACCGCCCAGAAAGACAAACCCUCCAGCUCGCCCGCCCUGCAGGCUCUGGUCUCAAAGUUCCUGCUGAACCUGCCGGGCUUGAACAACCUGCCCGAGAAAUGGUGGACCGUGCAAUGUCAAGAAAUCAUCGAGAACCUGGAGAGGGCCAACCUGAGCGAGAGCUACGACAAGGGCGUCAUCGGCAGCCGCAAGACCCUCGCGACGGCCAUAUCAGCCUUGAUCGAAUACCCCGUCAGAGGCACCUUCGCCGGCUUCCCAGAGAUUAGGGACCGCGAGUCCAAUUACGACGUCACCAGCGCCGACGAUCUGCGACGUGCCUUUCGUGACUUCCUCAACGAAUGCGUCUACGGCAGUAUCCUCGACGACAUGGUCCAGAAGACCGCCGAGACGGACAAUCUCGACGAUCACCCUCAGUUGACCAAAGCCGUGCACGAAUUUGUGCUUGUCAACAUUGCUUCGUUCAUGCACUACACUCUGAUAUUGUCGCCCAAGGGCCAGUAUCUGCUGAAGCUGGUCGACAAUGCCAAUAAACUAGUGCCCUAUAUGGUUCUCAGGCAAACACUAAAGAUUGGAAAUGUUGCAACCAUGAUCAACGCCCUGGUCAAAAUUGCCCUGGCCAAGAUGAGCGUUACCAGUGUGACCAAUUGGAUAGGAUUGACCCAGUCUCAAGAUGAGGGCACGAAUUUGAUGCAAACAAUCAUCUCCACAGUCCUCAAUUGGGAUAUCAGGGAUCUCGAGUCGAGGGCGGCGAAACUCGAGCGAGAACGUGCAAAGCUGGGCAAAGACCAGCUGCACGCCUUGAAGGAUUACACGGACAAACCGCAAGAAGAGCAAGAUCGCAUCCGAAAGGAGAGUCAAACGCAGUCCAUAUCCAUCGUCACCGCCGUCUUGAAAGACGCCAAAUCCCCUUCCACCGAACUGACCGAAGUCCAUCACAAGCAAGCCUUAGAGUACCUCUCAAUCCACCUGUCCAUUCGUGACCGCAAACAGCUAAUCCAGGUUCUCUGCAAAUCUUCCCCGGACCACCUAACCAUGUCUGUCAGAGAAGUAGUAGAUGCCUACGAGCCUGUCAUACGACGAAUGCACAAAGCCAUCGAUCUGUCCUCGACGCUGUCCGAUUUCGAAAAUUUCCUCAAGGACUUGAUCAAGCUGGCGAGGAUCCACACGGACAAGCACAACAAAGCCAUUGUGCCGACCGUGGGAGACUUUGUCCAGUUGCUCCGGAAGCAUCAGCGGUCAUGUCACAUUUUCAUGCACCAGUGCGCUAAGAAUGACAAGGAACUGACGGGCUGGUACCUUGAGUGGGCCAAAAACGCAGCCUUGCAGUUCAAACAAGAGCCGGGUGGUGACAGUGCCGACGUUGUAAAACAUGGGAAAGGCGGAGCGGGCAACUUGACGUCGUCCCUGCACGACCUCUUCUCCUCGCUCCCUCAAGAAACCCAAUCCCGGAUCCUGCCCAUCCUUGACGCUCACUCCGAAUAUCUAGACAGGAUGCACGAGCAAUCCAUGGCGCGUCUCACCAACGUAUUGAGAUCGCCACCGUCCAAAAACCCCGCCAUCGCAAAGAUCUUCUCCUCCAACCACUCGAACCACUCCAGCCGGCCUUCUUCGCGGACAUCCAGCCCGGCUCCGUCAAUCGACCGCCGUAGCGAGGGACAGACAACAGCGUCCUCGACACCGACAUCAGCAUCAUUCCCCACGACGGUCUCAGAAAGCGACACAUCUCGCGAGAUCAAGGAAAACCCAACGCCAGAGGUCUCUUCGAGCCCCGGUCCUGGUUCAUUCCUCGCGCGCUGGCAAGCCCUACUCGACGCCACCCCGAUCACCCCACUGAAUCAGAAAGGAAGCCUGAAAGCGGCGAGCUCGCCCGAGGUGAUACAGGCGAGUGCGACGGACGUGGACGGCUCGAAACUUGUAGAGUUUAGAAACAAGGAGGCGAGAGGGGAGAAGAUCCGCGUGGAGGACCAGCAACCCUUCGGGAACAAUGAGAAGGAUGAUGAAGUGGGGAUCGGAUCUGAGGCGAGGAAGAGGCAGAAGGAGCUAAAGAUUGUCAUUGACGCCAUGGGAGACGGGUUCAGGGAACUGCUGGCGAGGAAGGGGUGUUAUUGGUGA